GGGUCCACAAAGGUAACUGGCAAAAGCAAUAUCUCGACAUUCUCGCAGAUUUUUAGAAUCUAAGUUAGCAAUGGUUCGAACUUGCUGUGUUAUUGGGUGUAAUGUUAGGUCACGCGACCGCAGCUGUACAAAGAUAGAAAAUGGACUUUCAUUUUACACUUUUCCUGCCUGGAAACAACGCGAGGGGGCUAAGGUAUCUGAGCUAACAAAAAGGCGACGAAUGGCCUGGGUAUCAGCGGUAAGACGUUCUGAUAUUACCUUCUCCAACAUCUCAAGAAACCUACGAGUUUGCUCCAGACAUUUCCAUUCUGGCAAGCCGUCAUACGAAAUGGAUGAGCUCAAUCCAGACUGGGUUCCAACGCUAAAUAUGGGUCACUGCGAGAUAAACGCCACAACAUCGGACCGACAUGUGCGUUGUUUAAAGAGGCGAUACAGCAGCGCAGUUGAAGGCCAGGCAGCAAAGACCAUGGUAGAAAAACAAGAACCGGAGCAAGUUACAGAGAUUGCAUCAGAAACACCAGAAGAGGUCAAACAAAACACAGUAGUUGAGGCAAUGGAAGAGGAGCGAGUUCGAGAGGCUGUGGAGGAAACCCCAGGAGAGGAGCUCAGCAAGGCUGCAGACUCUGACGAGGAACAUGAUUUAGCAUCAAAAAGGCAACAAAUCGAAUGUCACUUGUGUGAAGAGAGAAGAGAAGAAAUAAAUCGUUUGUUACAGGAGAACAGGAAGCUCAGGUCAGAGCUGAAUAAAAAACAGCUGGACACAGAUUUUUUUAAGGAUGACACAAAAAAAGUAAAAUAUUAUACAGGACUUCCUUGCUUUGUCAUUUUAUUAUCAUUGUUUAACACUAUUAGGCCUUUUCUGUCAGAAUCAAAAAAGAUUUCACAGUUUCAAAUGGUUGUACUUACACUAAUGCGUCUAAGACUUGAUUUACCUGUUCUGCAUCUUUGCCAUCUUUUCAGUGUGUCACACAAAACUCUGUCGACUGUCUUUGCUGACACCCUUGAUGUGUUGUAUGCACGCCUUAAGCCCAUGGUAAGCUGGCCUGAGAGGCAUUGUUUACAAGCCACAAUGCCUCCUCAGUUUUUGGAAACAUUUGGAAAACGUGUAGCAAUUAUUGUUGAUUGUUUUGAAUUAGGCACAGAAAGACCCUCAAAUUUAAAAGCACGUGCACAAUCCUUCUCCCGGUACAAAGGAAGACACACUAUGAAAUACCUUAUUGGUAUAACACCACAUGGGUCGAUUUCUUUUAUUUCUAAGGGAUGGGGUGGACGUACUUCAGACAAGCACAUUACAGAAAACUGUGGCCUUCUCUCCAAUUUAUUACCUGGAGACAUUGUGUUAGCAGACAGAGGCUUUGAUAUUAAGGACAGUGUAGGAAUGAUGUGUGCUGAGGUCAAGAUGCCAUCAUUCACUAAAGGGAGAUGUCAACUGGAUGCUAAAGAUGUCGAAGACUCGCAAGCUAUAGCUCACCUCAGAAUUCAUGUGGAAAGAGUGAUUGGCUGCAUGAGGAACAAAUACAAACUGUUACACAGAACUAUACCAAUUAGGUUGCUGCUUACAUGUGAGGGUGAAGAGGUGACACUUCUUGACAAGAUUGUGUUUGUGUGCUGCUGCUUAGUGAACAUGUGUUCUAGUGUGGUUGUGAAACCUAAUGAAAAUGAAACCUGUACAUGUGAAUAUGAAACCCCAAUGCUUGACUGAUAUUAAUUAAAAUGCAGAUUGAAAAAAGAUUUUCUGCAUUUAUUCUUUUGGCAUAUUUGUAGGGUUAGUACUGUUUUUAUGUAAAAUGUAGAUAGAAAAAAACUAAAUUGUAUUUGUACAGAUAGCACUGUUGUGUAAAAUAAUAUAGUGAAAAAGAAAUUUGUAUUUGUUCCAUUCAUGAUUUUCUAUGGAAAUGUGUUGAUUUGAAUAAUAACAUGGAAGGGAUUGUUUUCUCUCAUUUAAUAAAUUGAUCUGGUAAACAUUAA